AUGUGCUUGGGGAGAAUGGGGGCCUCUUCUCCAAGAAGCCCGGAGCCUGUCGGGCCGCCGGCGCCCGGUCUGCCCUUCUGCUGCGGAGUAUCCCUGCUGGCGGUCGUGGUGCUGUUCGCGCUGCCGGUGGCCUGGGGUCAAUGCAAUGCCCCAGAAUGGCUUCCAUUUGCCAAGCCUACCAAACUAAUUGAUGAGUCUGAGUUUCCCACUGGGACGUAUCUGAACUAUGAAUGCCGCCCUGGUUAUUAUGGAAGACCGUUUUCUAUUAUCUGCCAAAACAACUCAGUCUGGACUAGUGCUAAGCACAGGUGCACACGUAAAUCAUGUCCUAAUCCUUCAGAUCCUGUGAAUGGCAUGGUGGAUGUGAUCAAAGACAUCCAGUUCGGAUCCCAAAUUAAAUAUUCUUGUACUAAAGGAUACCGACUCAUUGGUUCCUCGUCUGCCACAUGCAUCCUCUCAGGCAAUACUCUCAUUUGGGAUAAUGAAACACCUGUUUGUGACAAAAUUCCUUGUGGGCUACCCCCAACCAUUGCCAAUGGAGAUUUCAUUAGCACCAACAGAGAGUAUUUUCACUAUGGAUCUGUGGUGACCUACCACUGCAAUCUUGGAAGCAGAGGGAGAAAGGUGUUUGAGCUCGUGGGUGAGCCCUCCAUAUACUGCACCAGCGAAGAUGAUGAAGUGGGCAUCUGGAGUGGCCCGGCCCCUCAGUGCAUUAUACCUAACAAAUGCACGCCUCCAAUUGUGGAAAAUGGAAUAUUGGUAUCUGACAACAGAAGCUUAUUUUCCUUAAAUGAAGUUGUGGAGUUUAGGUGUCAGCCUGGCUUUGUCAUGAAAGGACCCCGCCGCGUGCAAUGCCAGGCCCUGAACAAAUGGAAGCCGGAGCUACCAAGCUGCUCCAGGGUAUGUCAGCCGCCUCCAGGUGUCCUGCAUGGUGAGCGUACCCAAAGGGACAAGGACAACUUUUCACCCGGGCAGGAAGUGUUCUACAGCUGUGAGCCCGGCUAUGACCUCAGAGGGGCUGCGUCUCUGCGCUGCACACUCCAGGGAGACUGGAGCCCUGAAGCCCCCAGAUGUGAAGUGAAAUCCUGUGAUGAGUUCAUGGGCCAACUUCUUAAUGGCCGUGUGCUAUUUCCAGUAAAUCUCCAGCUUGGAGCAAAAGUGGAUUUUGUUUGUGAUGAAGGAUUUCAAUUAAAAGGCAACUCUGCUAGUUACUGCGUCUUGGCUGGAAUGGAAAGCCUUUGGAAUAGCAGUGUUCCAGUGUGUGAACAAAUCUUUUGUCCAAGUCCUCCAGUUAUUCCUAAUGGGAGACACACAGGAAAACCUCUGGAAGUCUUUGCCUUUGGAAAAGCAGUAAAUUACACAUGCGACCCCCACCCAGACAGAGGGACAACCUUUGACCUCAUUGGAGAGAGUACCAUCCGCUGCACAAGUGACCCUCAAGGGAAUGGGGUUUGGAGCAGCCCUGCCCCUCGCUGUGGAAUUCUGGGUCACUGUCAAGCCCCGGAUCGUUUUCUGUUUGCUAAGUUGAAAACCCAAACCAAUGCAUCUGACUUUCCCAUUGGGACAUCUUUAAAGUACGAAUGCCGUCCUGAGUACUAUGGGAGGCCAUUCUCUAUCACAUGUCUAGAUAACCUGGUCUGGUCGAGUCCCAAAGAUGUCUGUAAACGUAAAUCAUGUAAAACUCCUCCAGAUCCAGUGAAUGGCAUGGUGCAUGUGAUCACAAACAUCCAGGUUGGAUCCAGAAUCAACUAUUCUUGUACUACAGGGCACCGACUCAUUGGUCACUCAUCUGCUGAAUGUAUCCUCUCAGGCAAUACUGCCCAUUGGAGCACGAAGCCGCCAAUUUGUCAACGAAUUCCUUGUGGGCUACCCCCAACCAUCGCCAAUGGAGAUUUCAUUAGCACCAACAGAGAGUAUUUUCACUAUGGAUCUGUGGUGACCUACCGCUGCAAUCUUGGAAGCAGAGGGAGAAAGGUGUUUGAGCUCGUCGGUGAGCCCUCCAUAUACUGCACCAGCAACGAAGAUCAAGUGGGCAUCUGGAGCGGCCCGGCCCCUCAGUGCAUUAUACCUAACAAAUGCAUGCCUCCAAUUGUGGAAAAUGGAAUAUUGGUAUCUGACAACAGAAGCUUAUUUUCCUUAAAUGAAGUUGUGGAGUUUAAGUGUCAGCCUGGCUUUGUCAUGAAAGGACCCCGCCGCGUGCAAUGCCAGGCCCUGAACAAAUGGGAGCCAGAGCUACCAAGCUGCUCCAGGGUAUGUCAGCCGCCUCCAGGUGUCCUGCAUGGUGAGCGUACCCAAAGGGACAAGGACAACUUUUCACCCGGGCAGGAAGUGUUCUACAGCUGUGAGCCCGGCUAUGACCUCAGAGGGGCUGCGUCUCUGCGCUGCACACUCCAGGGAGACUGGAGCCCUGAAGCCCCCAGAUGUGAAGUGAAAUCCUGUGAUGAGUUCAUGGGCCAACUUCUUAAUGGCCGUGUGCUAUUUCCAGUAAAUCUCCAGCUUGGAGCAAAAGUGGAUUUUGUUUGUGAUGAAGGAUUUCAAUUAAAAGGCAACUCUGCUAGUUACUGCGUCUUGGCUGGAAUGGAAAGCCUUUGGAAUAGCAGUGUUCCAGUGUGUGAACAAAUCUUUUGUCCAAGUCCUCCAGUUAUUCCUAAUGGGAGACACACAGGAAAACCUCUGGAAGUCUUUGCCUUUGGAAAAGCAGUAAAUUACACAUGCGACCCCCACCCAGACAGAGGGACAACCUUUGACCUCAUUGGAGAGAGUACCAUCCGCUGCACAAGUGACCCUCAAGGGAAUGGGGUUUGGAGCAGCCCUGCCCCUCGCUGUGGAAUUCUGGGUCACUGUCAAGCCCCGGAUCGUUUUCUGUUUGCUAAGUUGAAAACCCAAACCAAUGCAUCUGACUUUCCCAUUGGGACAUCUUUAAAGUACGAAUGCCGUCCUGAGUACUAUGGGAGGCCAUUCUCUAUCACAUGUCUAGAUAACCUGGUCUGGUCGAGUCCCAAAGAUGUCUGUAAACGUAAAUCAUGUAAAACUCCUCCAGAUCCAGUGAAUGGCAUGGUGCAUGUGAUCACAAACAUCCAGGUUGGAUCCAGAAUCAACUAUUCUUGUACUACAGGGCACCGACUCAUUGGUCACUCAUCUGCUGAAUGUAUCCUCUCAGGCAAUACUGCCCAUUGGAGCACGAAGCCGCCAAUUUGUCAACGAAUUCCUUGUGGGCUACCCCCAACCAUCGCCAAUGGAGAUUUCAUUAGCACCAACAGAGAGUAUUUUCACUAUGGAUCUGUGGUGACCUACCACUGCAAUCUUGGAAGCAGAGGAAAGGUGUUUGAGCUCGUCGGUGAGCCCUCCAUAUACUGCACCAGCAACGAAGAUCAAGUGGGCAUCUGGAGCGGCCCGGCCCCUCAGUGCAUUAUACCUAACAAAUGCAUGCCUCCAAUUGUGGAAAAUGGAAUAUUGGUAUCUGACAACAGAAGCUUAUUUUCCUUAAAUGAAGUUGUGGAGUUUAAGUGUCAGCCUGGCUUUGUCAUGAAAGGACCCCGCCGCGUGCAAUGCCAGGCCCUGAACAAAUGGGAGCCAGAGCUACCAAGCUGCUCCAGGGUAUGUCAGCCGCCUCCAGGUGUCCUGCAUGGUGAGCGUACCCAAAGGGACAAGGACAACUUUUCACCCGGGCAGGAAGUGUUCUACAGCUGUGAGCCCGGCUAUGACCUCAGAGGGGCUGCGUCUCUGCGCUGCACACUCCAGGGAGACUGGAGCCCUGAAGCCCCCAGAUGUGAAGUGAAAUCCUGUGAUGAGUUCAUGGGCCAACUUCUUAAUGGCCGUGUGCUAUUUCCAGUAAAUCUCCAGCUUGGAGCAAAAGUGGAUUUUGUUUGUGAUGAAGGAUUUCAAUUAAAAGGCAACUCUGCUAGUUACUGCGUCUUGGCUGGAAUGGAAAGCCUUUGGAAUAGCAGUGUUCCAGUGUGUGAACAAAUCUUUUGUCCAAGUCCUCCAGUUAUUCCUAAUGGGAGACACACAGGAAAACCUCUGGAAGUCUUUGCCUUUGGAAAAGCAGUAAAUUACACAUGCGACCCCCACCCAGACAGAGGGACAACCUUUGACCUCAUUGGAGAGAGUACCAUCCGCUGCACAAGUGACCCUCAAGGGAAUGGGGUUUGGAGCAGCCCUGCCCCUCGCUGUGGAAUUCUGGGUCACUGUCAAGCCCCGGAUCGUUUUCUGUUUGCUAAGUUGAAAACCCAAACCAAUGCCUCUGACUUUCCCAUUGGGACAUCUUUAAAGUACGAAUGCCGUCCUGAGUACUAUGGGAGGCCAUUCUCUAUCACAUGUCUAGAUAACCUGGUCUGGUCAAGUCCCAAAGAUGUCUGUAAACGUAAAUCAUGUAAAACUCCUCCAGAUCCAGUGAAUGGCAUGGUGCAUGUGAUCACAAACAUCCAGGUUGGAUCCAGAAUCAACUAUUCUUGUACUACAGGGCACCGACUCAUUGGUCACUCAUCUGCUGAAUGUAUCCUCUCAGGCAAUACUGCCCAUUGGAGCACGAAGCCGCCAAUUUGUCAACGAAUUCCUUGUGGGCUACCCCCAACCAUCGCCAAUGGAGAUUUCAUUAGCACCAACAGAGAGUAUUUUCACUAUGGAUCUGUGGUGACCUACCACUGCAAUCUUGGAAGCAGAGGGAGAAAGGUGUUUGAGCUCGUCGGUGAGCCCUCCAUAUACUGCACCAGCAACGAAGAUCAAGUGGGCAUCUGGAGCGGCCCGGCCCCUCAGUGCAUUAUACCUAACAAAUGCAUGCCUCCAAUUGUGGAAAAUGGAAUAUUGGUAUCUGACAACAGAAGCUUAUUUUCCUUAAAUGAAGUUGUGGAGUUUAAGUGUCAGCCUGGCUUUGUCAUGAAAGGACCCCGCCGCGUGCAAUGCCAGGCCCUGAACAAAUGGGAGCCAGAGCUACCAAGCUGCUCCAGGGUAUGUCAGCCGCCUCCAGGUGUCCUGCAUGGUGAGCGUACCCAAAGGGACAAGGACAACUUUUCACCCGGGCAGGAAGUGUUCUACAGCUGUGAGCCCGGCUAUGACCUCAGAGGGGCUGCGUCUCUGCGCUGCACACUCCAGGGAGACUGGAGCCCUGAAGCCCCCAGAUGUGAAGUGAAAUCCUGUGAUGAGUUCAUGGGCCAACUUCUUAAUGGCCGUGUGCUAUUUCCAGUAAAUCUCCAGCUUGGAGCAAAAGUGGAUUUUGUUUGUGAUGAAGGAUUUCAAUUAAAAGGCAACUCUGCUAGUUACUGCGUCUUGGCUGGAAUGGAAAGCCUUUGGAAUAGCAGUGUUCCAGUGUGUGAACAAAUCUUUUGUCCAAGUCCUCCAGUUAUUCCUAAUGGGAGACACACAGGAAAACCUCUGGAAGUCUUUGCCUUUGGAAAAGCAGUAAAUUACACAUGCGACCCCCACCCAGACAGAGGGACAACCUUUGACCUCAUUGGAGAGAGUACCAUCCGCUGCACAAGUGACCCUCAAGGGAAUGGGGUUUGGAGCAGCCCUGCCCCUCGCUGUGGAAUUCUGGGUCACUGUCAAGCCCCGGAUCGUUUUCUGUUUGCUAAGUUGAAAACCCAAACCAAUGCCUCUGACUUUCCCAUUGGGACAUCUUUAAAGUACGAAUGCCGUCCUGAGUACUAUGGGAGGCCAUUCUCUAUCACAUUAGAUAACCUGGUCUGGUCGAGUCCCAAAGAUGUCUGUAAACGUAAAUCAUGUAAAACUCCUCCAGAUCCAGUGAAUGGCAUGGUGCAUGUGAUCACAAACAUCCAGGUUGGAUCCAGAAUCAACUAUUCUUGUACUACAGGGCACCGACUCAUUGGUCACUCAUCUGCUGAAUGUAUCCUCUCAGGCAAUACUGCCCAUUGGAGCACGAAGCCGCCAAUUUGUCAACGAAUUCCUUGUGGGCUACCCCCAACCAUCGCCAAUGGAGAUUUCAUUAGCACCAACAGAGAGUAUUUUCACUAUGGAUCUGUGGUGACCUACCGCUGCAAUCUUGGAAGCAGAGGGAGAAAGGUGUUUGAGCUCGUGGGUGAGCCCUCCAUAUACUGCACCAGCAAUGAAGAUCAAGUGGGCAUCUGGAGCGGCCCGGCCCCUCAGUGCAUUAUACCUAACAAAUGCAUGCCUCCAAUUGUGGAAAAUGGAAUAUUGGUAUCUGACAACAGAAGCUUAUUUUCCUUAAAUGAAGUUGUGGAGUUUAAGUGUCAGCCUGGCUUUGUCAUGAAAGGACCCCGCCGUGUGCAAUGCCAGGCCCUGAACAAAUGGGAGCCAGAGCUACCAAGCUGCUCCAGGGUGUGUCAGCCGCCUCCAGAAAUCCUGCAUGGUGAGCAUACCCUAAGCCAUCAGGACAACUUUUCACCUGGGCAGGAAGUGUUCUACAGCUGUGAGCCCGGCUAUGACCUCAGAGGGGCUGCAUCUCUGCACUGCACGCCCCAGGGAGACUGGAGCCCUGAAGCCCCCAGAUGUGCAGUGAAAUCCUGUGAUGACUUCUUGGGUCAACUCCCUCAUGGCCGUGUGCUAUUUCCACUUAAUCUCGAGCUUGGGGCAAAGGUGUCCUUUGUCUGUGAUGAAGGGUUUCGCUUGAAGGGCAGUUCCGUUAGUCAUUGUGUCUUGGUUGGAAUGAGAAGCCUUUGGAAUAACAGUGUUCCUGUGUGUGAACAUAUAUUUUGUCCAAAUCCUCCAGCUAUCCUUAAUGGGAGACACACCGGAACUCCCCUUGGAGAUAUUCCCUAUGGAAAAGAAGUAUCUUACACAUGUGACCCCCACCCAGACAGAGGGAUGACCUUCAACCUCAUUGGGGAGAGCACCAUCCGCUGCACAAGUGACCCUCAUGGGAAUGGGGUUUGGAGCAGCCCUGCCCCUCGCUGUGAACUUUCUGUUCGUGCUGGUCACUGUAAAACCCCAGAGCAGUUUCCAUUUGCCAGUCCUACGAUCCCAAUUAAUGACUUUGAGUUUCCAGUCGGGACAUCUUUGAAUUAUGAAUGCCGUCCUGGGUAUUUUGGGAAAAUGUUCUCUAUCUCCUGCCUACAAAACUUGGUCUGGUCAAGUGCUGAAGACAACUGUAGACGAAAAUCAUGUGGAACUCCUCCAGAACCCUUCAAUGGAAUGGCGCAUAUAAACACAGAUACACAGUUUGGAUCAACAGUUAAUUAUUCUUGUAAUGAAGGGUUUCGACUCAUUGGUUCCCCAUCUACUACUUGUCUCGUCUCAGGCAAUAAUGUCACAUGGGAUAAGGAGGCACCUAUCUGUGAGAUCAUAUCUUGUGAGCCACCUCCAACCAUAUCCAAUGGAGACUUCUACAGCAACAAUAGAACAUCUUUUCACAAUGGAACAGUGGUAACUUACCAGUGCCACACUGGACCAGAUGGAGAACAGCUGUUUGAGCUUGUGGGAGAACGGUCAAUAUACUGCACCAGCAAAGAUGAUCAAGUUGGUGUUUGGAGCAGCCCUCCCCCUCGGUGUAUUUCUACUAAUAAAUGCACAGCUCCAGAAGUUGAGAAUGGAAUUAGAGUACCAGGAAAUAGGAGUUUCUUUUCCCUCAAUGAGAUCGUGAGAUUUAUAUGUCAGCCUGGCUUUGUCAUGGUAGGGUCCCACACUGUGCAGUGCCAGACCAACGGCGGAUGGGGGCCCAAGCUGCCACACUGCUCCAGGGUGUGUCAGUCGCCUCCAGAAAUCCUCCAUGGUGAGCGUACCCCAAGCCAUCAGGACAACUUUUCACCUGGGCAGGAAGUGUUCUACAGCUGUGAGCCCAGCUAUGACCUCAGAGGGGCUGCGUCUCUGCACUGCACACCCCAGGGAGACUGGAGCCCUGAAGCCCCUAGGUGUACAGUGAAAUCCUGUGAUGACUUCCUGGGCCAACUCCUUCAUGGCCGUGUGCUGUUUCCACUUAAUCUCGAGCUUGGGGCAAAGGUGUCUUUUGUUUGCGAUGAAGGGUUCCGAUUAAAAGGCAGGUCUGCUAGUCAUUGUGUCUUGGCUGGAAUGAAAGCCCUUUGGAAUAGCAGUGUUCCAGUGUGUGAACAAAUCUUUUGUCCAAAUCCUCCAGCUAUCCUUAAUGGGAGACACACAGGAACUCCCCUUGGAGAUAUUCCCUAUGGAAAGGAAAUAUCUUACGCAUGUGACGCCCACCCAGACAGAGGGAUGACCUUCAACCUCAUUGGGGAGAGCACCAUCCGCUGCACAAGUGACUCUCAAGGGAAUGGGGUUUGGAGCAGCCCUGCCCCUCGCUGUGAACUUUCUGUUCCUGCUGCCUGCCCACAUCCACCCAAGAUUCAAAACGGGCAUUACAUUGGAGGACACGUAUCUCUAUAUCUUCCUGGGAUGGCAAUCAACUACAUUUGUGACUCUGGCUACCUGUUAGUGGGAAAGGGCUUCAUUUUCUGUACAGACCAGGGAAUCUGGAGCCAACUGGAUCAUUAUUGCAAAGAAGUAAAUUGUAGUUUCCCACUGUUUAUGAAUGGAAUCUCGAAGAUGUUAAAAAUGAAAAAAGUGUAUCACUAUGGAGAUUAUGUGACUUUGGAGUGUGAAGAUGGGUAUGCUCUGGAAGGCAGUCCCUGGAGCCAGUGCCAGGCGGAUGACAGAUGGGACCCUCCUCUGGCCAUAUGUACCUCUCGUGCACAUGAUGCUCUCAUAGUUGGCAUUUUAUCUGGUACGAUCUUCUUUAUUUUGUUCAUCAUUUUCCUCUCUUGGAUAAUUCUAAAGCACAGAAAAGGGUAA